UCUUACAAAGGCUCACAGUACGCUGUGCUCUGCUAGCCGAACGUCUGUGCCGCGCUUCCCUUGCAAGGUUUCAACAGACUUCAUCAAAAUGCCAUCUCAAAUGGAACACGCCAUGGAAACCAUGAUGUUUACAUUUCACAAAUUUGCCGGAGAUAAAGGCUAUUUAACCAAGGAGGACCUGAGAGUACUCAUGGAAAAGGAGUUCCCUGGAUUUUUGGAAAAUCAAAAAGACCCUCUGGCUGUGGACAAAAUAAUGAAGGACCUGGACCAGUGCAGAGAUGGCAAAGUGGGCUUCCAGAGCUUCUUUUCGCUAAUCGCAGGCCUCACCAUUGCAUGCAAUGACUAUUUUGUAGUACACAUGAAACAGAAGGGAAAGAAGUAAAAAAUCCAGCAAUUACUCCCAUCCUGAUAGAGUUCUCCCAAAGGGUUGCUUAAGGAAUCUGCCCCACAACUUCCCCUUGUAUAAAGAUUUCAUGAGAGAUCAGGACCCUUAGAAAAUGUGCAAAUAACAUCCAACUCCCAUUCAACAAGCAGAGAAAGUUAAAGCUUUUGAUUUUUGUAUUGUUUGCAUCCUUUUGCCCUCAAUAAAUAAAGUCUUUUUUUUUUUCUAGUUCU